AUGUGUGUGUGUGUGGUAGAGUGUGUGAGUGUUAUACACUGUGUUGUGUGUGUGUUUGUUAGGGGGGGGAUCUGUGUUGGUUCUGUUCUAGAACUCCGGAUGGUGCCGCGCGCUCGCUCGGGUCACAGGCUGUGCUGUGUGAUAUAUGGCCAGCGGGGGCUUCGGGCCGUACCUGAAUGGUCCGUUAUGGACCGGGAGCGGAAUGAGCGGCACGGAGGAUCAGCAUGGCGGCGGGGAACUGAGCCCCGUACUAAGCCCCGGACUGAGCCCCGGGAUGCACAGCGAGGAGGAGCGGCUCCGCAGCUUCGAGCACUGGGCCACGGACUCCCCGGUCAGCCCGGCGGACCUCGCCCGGGCCGGCUUCUACUUUCUGGGCUACGGGGACACGGUGCAGUGCUUCUGCUGCGACGGCGUGCUGCGGUGCUGGGUCAGCGGGGACGAGCCGCUCAGAGAACACAAGCGACACUUCCCGACCUGCGGCUUCAUACUGGGGCGGAGCGUGGGGAACAUCCCCCGGCCCCCCGGCUCUCCGGACUCGGUGGACGGGCAGCUGCUCAGCCAGCUCCAGAGGAUGGGGGUGGACGAGCAGGUCUCCGUCGGACAGGCCGUGUACCCGGAGAUGGAGGCCGAGGACACCCGGCUCACCACCUUUCAAAACUGGCCGCCGGGGGCCUCAGUCCAGCCGGACACUCUGGCGCAGGCGGGCUUCUUCUACACAGGUCAUGGUGAUAAUGUGAAGUGCUUCUUCUGUGAUGGUGGUUUGAGGAACUGGGAGCCUGGAGAUGAUCCGUGGCAGGAGCAUGCUAAAUGGUUCCCACGGUGUGAGUAUCUACUUCAGACGAGAGGACGGGAAUACGUGAACAACAUUCAGCAGUCGCACUUCAACAUGUCGGAGAUGAGUGGAUCUCAGACUCCAGCAGCUGGAAACAUUCCCACAGGCCACGAGGUGCUAAGUGGGCAGAGUGCAGUGGUAGCGGCCAUGUUGUCCCCCGUGGUGCAGACGGCGCUGCAGAUGGGUUUCCAGCGGGCGCUGGUGGAGAGCCUGGUGCAGUCACGUUAUCUGCUCACCGGCCAUCACUACACCUCCGUCUCCGACCUGGUGGCGGACGUCCUGCAGGCCGAGGAGGAGGAGAGGCAGGGCAGCCAGUCCAGACCAGAGCCCGUGGUGAGGCAGGGCGGUAGUACCGGUGAAGUCAGAACUCAGACCUCAGUCGGGGAGAAAGUGACGGGGAACCUGAGCGCGGAGGAACAGCUGAGGCAGCUUCAGGAGGAACGCACCUGUAAGGUAUGCAUGGACAAGCUGGUGUCCAUGGUGUUUAUCCCCUGUGGCCACCUGGUGGUCUGUACAGACUGUGCUGCCAGCCUGCGGCACUGCCCCAUCUGCAGGGCGGUUAUCCGCGGCAGCGUCCGCGCCUUCAUGUCCUGAGACCUACAAACAUCCAGUUAAAAACACACAACGCUGAGAAGACAAGGUUAAAUAACCAGAAAAACAUCUUCUCUUACCUUUGGAUGCAGGUUGGAAGGUUGGAAGCUACCUUGGAAAAAUUGAAUCAUCUCUCUGCUGGUUAAAGGAACUGAAACUGAAAAUGCUUCUUCUUUACAGAAGAACUACAGAAGAACAUCCAGUGUACUGUCCUAGCAGCUACAGUGAAACAUUGCACUAACCUGCAUGCUUUAGGGAUAAGAAACAGCAGAGGGCGCUAAUACGAUAAUUUGUCAAUUUAUUAAGCAUAAAUUCCAUAGACUUAAAAGCCAAUAAAGAAUAAUUUAAUUGCCUAGUUUUAGGCUUGUUUAUCAGGCUUAAUUUUUAAAUUACCAUAUUUUUUGCACUAUAAGGCGCACCAAAAACCCUUUAAUUUUCCCAAAAAUCGCCAGUGUGCCUUAUAAUCCUGUGCAUUUUAUGUAUGAAUUUUACAGUCAGGUUAUAAGGAGCAGUAAACCCACUCCUCUGAAUUACAGCGUUAUACAGGAGUUUCAGUUUAGUUCUCAAGCACCGGGGCAGGAGCAGCAUUAGAAUCAGUCGCUAACCGAUAUUUCCCCCUUCAGAGUGGAGUAUUAUCGACCUGUAGUCUGCUCCUAACCCCAGCUAGCACUGCUGAAGUAGCAUAAGUUUAUAACCUUAUCCAUAAUAUAUAUAUAUAUAAAGAAUUAUAAAUUAAUAUAAAUUAAGAGAUAAUAAUACAAUAUAAUGAAAUUAUUUCUAAGCACUGUAGAAUUUACCAUUGAAGACCUGUUAGUUUAUUUAUGAGGUUUAUAAGGAUGAAAGGGUGAAAGAGUGCUGUGCAGUGCAGUUUAACCAGAGUCUGAAUCAGGUUCUGCUGUGUGGUGGAAAAAUUCUGAUUUGAUCAACAUUUUUUUUGGUAUGGUAAAAGAAAGUGUCAACUAGACACUUCCAAACACUGCCAAGCAAAGACUGCCAAAGAUACAGCUUAUAAACUUAUAAUAAUAUAUAUAAAAUAAUAAUAUUGUAAUAAAAUGAAAAUGAUUACAUUUUCAACUUUUUUCUUUUUUUGUUUUGAGAAAACCAAAUGCAAACGAAUUAUUUCUACCCUAAAAAAACUAAACAUUUUAAAAACAUUUAUAAAUGCAAAAAACAAUCAACAAUUGAUAUGAAGUGAUGAGUCUCCAUGCUUUUUUAUAUUGAUGAACAUAGUAUAUAUAUAUAGUGUGUAUAUAUAGAAGAUAUUAAAGAAUGUGCUUUUUCUUGUAAUAAAGUCAUAUUUGAAUGAA